CAAAACCCUAUUAUAAAUUGCGAAUGCCAAUCACAUACUCACGCAACCCUAGCGGCCAACUUCACACCUCAACUCCGUCCUCUCGCCUUCAUCAACAAUGGUGAAUGUUCCGAAGACAAAGAAGACUUACUGCAAGUCUAAGGAAUGCCGGAAGCACACCCUGCACAAGGUGACACAGUACAAGAAGGGGAAGGACAGCUUGGCUGUACAAGGCAAGCGCCGUUACGAUCGGAAACAGUCAGGGUAUGGUGGACAAACUAAACCAGUUUUCCACAAAAAGGCAAAAACCACCAAGAAGAUUGUGCUGAGGCUUCAAUGCCAGGGUUGCAAACAUGUAUCCCAGCACCCAAUCAAGCGGUGCAAGCAUUUCGAGAUUGGUGGAGACAAGAAGGGGAAGGGGACCUCUCUUUUCUAGAUGGCAAUUUGUUGUCAAUUUCAGUUCUGCUCGUAAUGCUACACUUUGUUUUACCUUUCGGUGAAACUUUUAUCAGUUAGAACUCAAGUGUGUGUUUAAUUCAUCGAGUAUGUAGGUUUAUGCUAUGUAGGUUUAUGCUAUUCUGGCAAGGACUAUAGAUGUAUCCUAUGUUGCUCGAUCUUUUCAAUUUACUUAUUUAAUUUGGAACGAUAGUCUCUGGUUUUAAUUCAUCAAUUUUGUCUGUU